UACGUUUUAUUAGUAGGGCAGCAUAGAAGCAUGAAGGAAUCUGCAGGUAGAAAACAAAGUGGGGUUUCUCCAUGUGCAGCAUGUAAACUGCUUAGGAGGAGAUGCAGCCAAGAUUGUGUUUUUGCUCCUUAUUUCCCAGCUGAUGACCCUCACAAGUUUGCCAGUGUGCAUAAGGUCUUUGGUGCUAGCAAUGUCAACAAGAUGCUACAGGAGUUGCCGGAACAGUGGCGAGGCGACGCUGUGAAUUCGAUGGUGUACGAGGCAAAUGCCAGGGUUAGGGACCCCGUGUACGGUUGCGUGGGCGCCAUUUCAUCUCUGCAGCAACAAAUUGACCUCCUCCAAACACAACUGGCAAUAGCCCAAGCUGAGAUGGUCCACAUGAGAAUCCGGCACUUCUCUCCCAUGUCCGCCGCCGCCGACAACACCGCCAUGGACUCAUCGGAAAAUGCCUACGAUGUCUAAGACUACGUAACCACUGCAUGCACAAUAUAUAUUUAUAUGUAUAUAUAGGUCUAUUCUUAGGCUCUUAGCACGGUCCAUGGUGGUAGGCCGCCAUGGCCAACGUAGACGAGUCUAGCUUUGUCUUCGUCGUCAUCAUCAUCAUAUAUAUAUAUUUAUC